AGCAUCAUAGAGCCGAACAAACAAACAAUUGACUACACCAUGGUAGCAACAAAAGAAAAAGAAAAGAAAAGAACAAGGUAUUUUAUUCCCGCCGCAUUAACAACCGUAUCGAUACCCGCACCAGCCGUGAUCUAUCCCUCGCACCACUCCAGCAGCCCAGCCCAGCCAGCCGGCCGGCAUAAAACCAAUAGAAAACAGAAGCCAGCUGAGCAAGAACUGGAGACGGAGGGACUGAGAUCUCGACCCAUGGAAAAGGAAAAGGAAAAACUUUUGGUAACGUGCAGGGAAGGAAGAGCGGUUUUGACUCGUUUAGAGGGCUCCAAGGACACCGGCCAUGAUGACGAUGGCUCCGGCGGCAGCUCCCAGGGGAGAGAGGGCAGCAGCGGCACCAGUGGCGACAGGGGGCGUACCGGUCGAGGUCAGGUUGGUAGCGUUGGUGGCAAUCGGGCCGAGGAACGUGUUGGUGCCGUUAGCGACGGAGGUCGACAUGCUCGCCGGAGCGGUGCCCGUGUAGUAGACGGUAGUCUCCGGAACCUUGGUCUUGAGGGUGACGGUCGUCGGGACAUAGGUGGUCGACUCGGUGGCGGAGCCAACCUGACGAACAUCGACGACAGCGGCAGCGAGGGAGGCAAGAGCCAUAACGACAAAGGUGGUGAACUGCAUCUUGAAGGGCUUGGUGUUGUUUGCGAAGUUCGUGGAGAGUCUAAAAGACAAACAAACGCGGCGGCCAGCCGAGCAAUAUGCAUAAAGCUACUAACGGAUAGAGUGGAAUCCCAGACAGCCUCUACACGGUCCACCAACCUUAUUCGACUCUCCAGCAAGUUCGAGAUGCAGCUGCCACAUCAUCCCUUGUGCAUCUGUACUUUUCGUUGUGGGCGUUACUGAGUGACAUCG